CUGGUUUCGUCGUUUGACGGGACUGAAUGUUAAGACAGCCACGUACGUAUAAAAGCAGGGGUAGCCACCGGAGAAUCAGUGUGCUCACAGUCUUUCAACAUGGACAGCACUGGAAAAUUGAAAGUCCUCUUCAUGUGUGGUUUAUUGGUGGCUGUCCUCGCUGAAGACACGAAAAAAUCCGAAGAUAAACAGUCAACAAGCCCGGAUAAACCAAAACGUGGCCUGGAGUUGAGUCUCGGUGAUCAUGGGUUCGGUGGAUUCGGUGGUCAUGAUUUUGGUGGUAGUUUCGGUGGUGGCUUUGGUGGUGACCACGGUCACGUUGAGCACGUCAAGGCAGUGACAAUCACAAAGCACGUGCCAGUCCCAGCGCCUUAUCCAGUUCAUGUAGAAAAGCACGUACCCUAUCCCGUCAAAGUUCCCGUAAAGGUACCAGUUGAUCGUCCAUAUCCGGUUCAUGUGCCUGCUCCAUAUCCCGUGACCGUGGAAAAACACGUACCCUAUCCAGUGGAGAAGCCAGUUCCCUACCCAGUUAAAGUGCCGGUUAAGGUACCAGUGAAGGUGCCUUAUCCUGUGGAAGUGCCCGUCAAAGUUCCCUACCCAGUUCACAAACCGGUACCCUAUCCAGUCAAGGUUCCAGUAGUCGUCAAGGAACCUUAUCCAGUUCUGAUCAAGGAGCAUCAUCACGGAGGUGAUUUUGGAGGAUUCGGGGGGUUCGGAGAUCACGAACUCGGUGGCUUCGGUCAUCACUAGACUAAUUAUCCAAUUGUAAAUUAUAACAAAAAAUGUAUUAUUUCGAUCUCUACACAGACGGAUCGAGGAAGAUGUCUGUGAGUCCCUCAUUCAAGAAAUCUUCAAUGAGUUCAUGUUUAAUUAAAAAUUAUUGUUUCAACCUGUAGUUACCAAUGAAUAAAGAAAAAUAUUUCUCCAUGUUUA